UAGAUUUGUUGCGGGCGAAAUUUGCACCAACACCUACGAACAACAACAACAAAAAAUUCUUGCUGAACGAUCCGUUGGAAAAAGAAAUACAAAUGGGAUCUGUCGUUCCUUGGAACAUGUCAGGCAAAUCAGACAAAUCUUGUUGCACUGUGACAAAACUACUAGAUGGAUGUAUUCAUACAGUUAUAUGUAACUGGCCGCAACAUGUGGAUAAUAUGGCCAAACUGCCAGCAAAUCUGAAAGAGAAGUGCACCCGUAUUAUGUCACUGCGUGGUCUACUCACUGAUGACAAUAUUGGAAAGAUAUUACACAGCAAGGUGAAGGUACUGGACUUGUCCGGUUGUGAGUUGUCAGACAGAGGUCUGGCCGCCAUACGUACUUGUACACAGCUCCAGAAGCUGGACCUCAAUGCCAACAAACGCAGCCAGCCCAGAACCACUAUCACUGCAGAAGGUAUCAGCCAGGUGGCCAGGUGCUGUCCUCAUCUCCAGACUGUCUACCUCCGUCGUUGUUCCAAUGUGUCUGACCAGGCCAUAGAGACCAUCGCCCGCUGCUGUCCACAGCUGCGUCUCCUCAAUGUGUCAGACUGCAGGGACCUGACCAGCCGUGCUUUUGAAGCGCUUGGAGAACAUAGCAAGUUUCUGAGAGGAGUUAAUGCGUCCCACACACAGAUAUGUGACAGUGGUGUGUUGAAGAUGGUCUCUGGACCCUGUGGGAAAACACUACGGGAACUGGAUAUCAGUGGCUGUGAACGGGUGACAGAUGAUGCGGUUGAGGCAGUGCUGCAGUUCUGUCCACAGAUUGACAUUUUCCUGUUCCAUGGCUGCAGGAACAUCACAGAGCAAAGCCGUCAGGCCCUUGAGGACCUCACCAUGUCAAGGUCAUCUCCCAUGAAGCAGGUCACAUGGACCAUCUACUGACCAGCACAGGCAUACGAACCUCUCUCUGGGAAAAUGGGAUUUAAUGCAUGUGCGUGAAGUGUCGUCCCAGAUAAGCAUGUGCAGUUAUAACUAUAUUAUUGCUAAGACACUUCCUUUAACCCCUUGCAUGCUGGGAAAUUUGUCGUCUGCUAAAAUGUUGUCUGCUAAAUUUCUAAAAUUAGCAUUUUCUUUGAUUUUUUUUCAAAGAAUAUUAUCAGAAUAGCAAACAGUUUGGAUCCUGAUGAGACGCCACGUUCUGUGGCGUCUCAUCUGGAUCCAAACUGUUUGCAAAGGCCUUCAAAAUUCGGUUCCCGCACUGAAAGGGUUAAUCACAGUAGAAAUGAUAAGUUUUGUCUCUGCUUUGUCUGUGUGGACUCCACAGGCUUACAGUAUCUUGAAGGCCACUUUACGCGCAAGAAUUAAGCGAAGUUUUCCCAGAACCUUACUAAUACCGGUAUAUACAAACUGUGAUAUCUCAUGUCCUUGGCUUUAAGUCUUCUCAGUUUGCUGUGAUAGUUCAUACAACUGUGAUAACAUUCCAAUUAUCUGCUGAUAUUAAUCAUUUCAUCUAAAUUUAUGCGCGUAAAAGAUUUUUAUGCAAAAAAGCUAAGCAUGAAAUAUACUUUGACUUCUUUGACUAUUAUAUAAAGGUUUUCUGUAAGGAGCUCUACAGGUAUGGGCUUCCUCUACAACGGAUUCAAAUCACUGUUGAUAAGGAAGUCUAGAUUGAAUUUUGUUCAGGAUACCAGAUGAAAUGAUAAGUUCCGCCGGUUUGUUUGUUUAUUUGACUGUUGGUUGGUUUUUGGAGUAUAUAAUCCUCAUUAUGCAGUUCUGUAACCUGCAAUUACACUUAUUUGAAAUGGAAAUGUAUGAUUUUGUUUUCACUUGUAAUAUAUAAGUGUUUAAUUAUUAUUAGCAUAAUGAUUGAUGUGGUAUUUGUUAUAUGUGCUAUUUCCAACACACCCAAAAAUAAAUUUUUAUACUGAUGUGAAAUAGACAUGUCUGUCAAUGAUUGAUGCCAUAUUUAAUCUAUGCACAAAUGUAUUUAUUUUAAUAAUAAAUACCAUAAAACAUUUUAUGCUUAAGAUAAUCCACUGUCCAUGUUUGUUCAUUUCCUAUAAAUGUAUAAAAAAUAAUAGCUGAUUGUUCCGUCACCAUAAUAUUUUGUAAUAAUGCGAUAGUUCCAAACCAAUCAUAUAACGUUAAAUACUAUAUACAUUACUUUGUGAUCACAUCCAUUUAACAUGACCUUUUGAUACAUGUAGUCUAGUAAAGUAUCAAAUGGUUAAGACUUGACAAUGUACAAAUCAUCAUUAAAUUUCUGUUCUGUUCUUCUAUACUGUUAUAAAUAAUCCAACGGUUGCUAAGGUAAAGGAUUGAUUAGGCAAACAGAGUUGGCACUGUUAUAAAUGAUGCAAUUAUUUCUAAGGCAGACAGUGUUGGCGCUUACAUAUGAUCCAAUUAUUGCUAAAAUGAACAUUUUCGGCACUUUAAUCACACUUAUAAAUGAUCCAACGAUUGCUAAGAUAAACCGUGUUCACUGUUGCCGCUGUUGUAAAUGAUCCAAUUAUUGCUUGGGCGAACGGUGUUGUCCAAGUUAUAAAUGAUAAAAUGAUUUAUAAGGCAAACAGUGUUGGCACUGUUGUAAUUGAUUCAAUAACAUGACUGAUAUCAACACUAAAUUAUUUUUAUAGAUGUUUUUUUUUCCAAAUUUCUGAAGAUAUGAAAUGAAGGUACUCCGUAAAUACUAGCGUAACAAAAAUCAGUUAAACAUUUCAUGGCAUCUAUGGAUCAGAAUCAUUGGUGAGUUUGCUGUCGUAAGCUGUACAACAACAAUUUUGCAACAUGACGCACAAUAGGAAAAUGUAUGGCACUUAUAAUACUUUGGCUCAAACUAUUGAUUAGAUCUAAAGACAAAUCAAUUGUAUACAGAUUUAAUGAAUGAGUAUCAAUAAUUACAUUGUUACGCACCAUGCUAUAUCUGCUGUUAUUUUCUUCUUGAGCAGCCCAAAAAUGUCAACAAUUUAAGUGUCAGUCUGGCCAAUCCAAGCAAACACAGUAAUUGUAACAAUUAUUUUAUUACUUUAAUCAAUCAAAUAAAACUUUUGUAAUUGCCUUGAAUUUUUUGACAUAUUAAUUAUGAUAAUAAAGAUACCAUGUGCAACAUCAUCGCCUGGAAAGAAAAAAAAUUAACACUGAAAUAUCAACAAACAUGAUUAAAAGAUACCAGUUA